ACAUCCACCAUCACAGCGUCACUGAGAUCCUCUGGGACUCUUUUACAAAAUUCCCCAUAAUGACUCUCGUGUUUUCUUCACCUCGCGGAGUUUUCCCAUUUUAGCGUGUAUAGCAGUCAGCAGGAGGAGGAGGAGUCUGCCAGCUGAAGCUUGUUUGCAGACUCUCGUGUUUCUUUGACGGACAGCUUGUGAGGAGACACAGCAGCAGGGAUAUUUGGUCAUGACCGUCUCCGUUUAACUCUGCGAUGGAGUCAAGUAUGAGAGUUAUUGUCCUUCUCGUUGUGAUGAGAUUUUCUGCUUCUGAGGAAGUGAAGAAGAACCUGACGGGCACUGUGGGAGGAAACAUCACUCUACCUGCACCUGUGCAGGAGGAAGGAUAUCUGUCAUAUGGAAGAACGAUUAUUGCUGAUGUGAAAGGCGGGAUAUUUGACUUAUCAGAGGACAUUUACAAGAACAGACUUCAGUGGGACAGAAACUCUGGACUCUUUACACUCACAGAGCUGCAGAGGAACGACUCAGGGAUUUAUACUGUCGACUCUAAAACAGGAAAAGUUUUCACAUCAUCAUAUAAGCUGACAGUGUACGACUCUGUACCGACUCCUGCAGUGAAGAAAGUGAGUGUGAGCUCUGAGAGCUGCUCCUUACUGUGUUUGGUGGACAGAGAGACCAAACUGCUGUGGUUUAAAGACGAGCAGAGACUGAACCAGAGCAGCUCUGCGCUCUCUCUGCCUCUCACUGUGCACAAACAGGACUUCAGCUGCUCUUACACAUGUGUGGCUGCAAACCCUGCAGAGAAUAAAACUCUUCCUGUCCAUGUGAGAACGACCUGUGGAGACACCAACAACGACACCAACAGCUCGACUGAUCCAAGAAACUAUAACAUCCUCAUUAUAAUCUUCUGUGUCCUGUUGGUUGUGAUCAUCAUACUUGCUGCUUUUGUCAUGAAGUCAAUGUAUCUUCACAAAGACAAGGAAGAAAAAAUACGAAAACUAUUACCAACAAUCUGAAUAUAGUAUCAGCUGGAGCCUUGUACAUGAUGCUCAGACUCUGGUGAUGAUGUUGGGUGAACAACAAAUCAGGUCAUCAGUCAGUUUCUACGCCUGUUAAAGUCGUGUUAUUAAGUCUGGAGCUGAUAUUGUUUUACCUGACAAAUUAUUGUGGGUCCUUUACAGGAGAAAACAUAAUACUGAUGUCAUUCAAGCAUAAUCUCUGGAAGAGAUUAUUGUUUGAACAGCAGCUAUUGUGGUGCUAAGAUAUUAUAAAGAUAUUAUGGUGCCUUUUUAUACACUGCUGUUAGCUCUGCAGCAUCGACUCAUGGUGGAAAUGUUUGUUUUUAAAGGAAAUGACAAAAAUCAGGCUGCAGAUGACAGUUAAUAAAAAUCAUUCUUUAUAACUCAUAGUUAUGAUCAAAUUUUAAUACAUUUUUAAAUACAUAUUAUUGCUGCUGAGGAAAAACAUACAAGCGUAGGUGUUCAUGUCUGCUGCUGUUUUUUUGUAUUUGCUCAAACUCGCUCAGUUUUGGGCCUUUUGAUUGAUUUGAAUCUGAACGUUUACGUACGAGACCAAAACCUGAUGUAAUCCCAGACGUGUUACUGUGGCCUGAAAAUCAAAGAGCAUCAGUAUUAUUAUUAUUAUCACAUGCUGGUCCAGCAAUGAGAAAAUCUUUAUCAUCCCACAUGAACAAUCACUGCAUUCAGUUUAGAUUUAACCCUCUGAGCUCCUCCUUUAGGAUAGUUUUCACCUUUGAACUGUUUUAUUUUGUAAUAUUCUUUUAAUUUUAUUGAGCCCAGUGUUUUCAUAUUUUGCCUCCUAUAAAACACUAAUUUCCUGACUUCUGGUAUAAAUUAAGUUCUUCUUGUUUCUGGUUCUUCUUUAUUAUAAUAUUUGCCCAUGUUCAAAUAUUUCUGCACUUUAAAACUCAGAUAUGUGUUUAGGAUGAAUUGUAGGAAUCAUGUUUAUCUCAUUUCUGUUAUUGAAACUGUCUGAAAGCUCAGUUAUUGAUCAAUAUGUUUACUUUCACAAUGUAAUGAUUUUACUUUUAUUUGAAGUUUAAAUUGAGACUGACAGCAAAGGUACCUGAGGAGCAUCAAAUAAACCAAGUUUUCUUUCAGUA